AUGAUCUUUCUUUCUUUCUUUUUUCUUUCUUUCUUUACAUAUGGUUUCUUUCUCAUUCCUUCUUUCUUUUUUUCUUUCUUUCUUUACAUGUGGCAUUUCUUUCUUUCUUUACAUAUGUCCUUUUUUCUUUCCUUCUUUCUUUCUUUCUUUCAUUCUUUCUUUCUGAGGCCUUUCUUUCCAUCAUUCUUUCACUCUUUACAUAUAGCCUUAUUUUCUGAACAUUCUUUCUUUACAUAUGGACUGUCUCUUUUUUACAUCUGGCCUUUCUUUCUUUUUCUCUUUAUAACUGGCAUUUAUUUCAAACUUUACAUCUGGUCUUCGUUUUUAUCUUUGCAACUGUCUUUCUUUCUUCCUUCUUUUACAUGUGGUCUUUCAUUCUUUCUAUCUGACCUUUCUUUCUUUCUUUCUUUACAUAUGACCUGUCCAUAUGAUCUUUUUUACCGCGCAAUCUCUCUCUCUCUCUCUCUCUCUCUCUCUCUCUCUCUCUCUCUCUCUCUCUCUCUUAGCGAAAUUUUUCUCUCUUUUAUUUUUUACGUUUCCUUUACCUUCCUACUUCUUCUUCUUCUUCUUCUUCUUCUUUUCAUUAUAAUUCUUCAUUUUCUUCACCUUCUUCUUCUUCUUCUUCUUCUUCUUCUUCUUCUUCUUCUUCUUCUUCUUCUCUUCUCACUCUCGUCAUCUUUCCCCUUCUCCCUCUUCUUCCCUAACUCUCCUCUCCCUCUUUUCCUUCUCCACCACGUCUCCUCCUCCACCACCUUCUUCUUCUUCUUCUUUUUCUUCUUCUUCUUCUUCUUCUUCUUCUUCUUCUUCUUCAUCAUUUUUUCACCUUCAUCAUUUCACAUUCUGCUCCUCCUCCUCCGUCGCCUCCUUCUUCUUCUUUUACUCCUCCUCCAUUUUUUCGUCUUCUCCACCUCUCCACCUCUCCUCCUCAUCCUCCUCCUCCUUCUUCUUCUUCUUCUUCUUCUUCUUCUUCUUCUUCUUCUUUUCAUCCUCCUCUUGCUCAUUAUCAUUCUUCAUUUUCUUCACCUGUUUCUUCUCUUCAUCCUCCUCCUCUAUCUCAUUAUUCUUCUUUUUCUUCUUCACCACCUCUCCUCCUCCUCCUCCUCCUUCUCAUUGUCACAACUUUAUCGAUCACUGUUUUGUUCAUAUCUAUCUAUCUAUCUAUCUAUCUAUCUAUCUCAGUCCGUUCAGCUACCCCAUUCAUUGUGCAACACUGUUUUGUUCAUAUCUAUCUAUCUAUCUGAGUCUUUUCAUAUCUAUCUAUCUAUCUAUCUACCUAUCUAUCUUCCCCAGGUUACAGCAAUAAUCUCUCAUCUCCCACUACUCCUCUCUCUCUAUCCCUAUCUAUCAUUCUGUCUGUCUGUCUGUCUGUCUGUCUCUCUCUCUCUCUCACUGCUUUAUACUCUCGAUCCUAGGUCUCUCUCCGCUGCUUUUUUUUUCUUCUUCUUAUCAUUCCAUUGGUUUAUUCCCAGGUUUAACAGUUUUCUUAUCAGAGAUCUUUUUCCCAUUUUUUCGCCAUCUUUUUUUUUCUUUCAUUCAUGUAGGCCUUUCCAUAUCACUUCAAUUACUUUAGACUUUCUUUCUUUCUCAUUUCUUUCUUUCCUCGUUUACUUCUUCCUUUCACCCGUUCUUCCUUUCACACUUUCUUAUUUCCUUCUUUGUCGAUUUUUUUUUAAUUUCAUUCUCUAUUUUCUUCUUGCUCUCCCCCUUUCUUACUUUCACACUUUCUUUCGUUUUGAUUUCAUUUUCUAUUCUUUCUUUCUUUCUUUCUUUCUUUCUUUCUUUCUUUCUUUCUUUCUUUCUUGUAUUCACAAAAUACGUGUAUUGGCUUAA